AGAGUCAUCCAAUUCCCAAACGCGAGCUCGAGAAAUCGUCUGCUUGUUGGAGAAAUUAUCAUCCAAAUCUCUGGUCGCUUUGCGCAUGGAUGAUUCUUCCGAUCAAGAAAAGGACGUUAAUUACUCGUCGUAUCAUCAAGAAUGGAGGGACGAUCUUUUGGCACGCAGAGCGCAGGAAUCGCUUAAGAAAAAACUGGUUCUUGAAGAUGAUUUCGCGUGGGGAGUGCCCUCGCAAGGUUUGGCAUCCGGGGAUGGGUCAACGAGGGAGAAGCUCAAGUACAUCGGAGGAGUCGAUAUAAGCUUCUUAAAGAAGGAUCCUUCGGUGUCGUGCGGUGCUCUUGUGGUGCUGGAUGCUGAUACUAUGGACGUUGUGCACGAAGAGUUUGAAGUUACCCGUCUGCAGGUUCCGUAUGUUCCUGGCUUUCUUGCAUUCAGAGAGGCUCCAAUGCUUCUGGGGCUUCUGAACAAAAUGAAAGCAAAUGCUCAUCCUUUCUAUCCUCAGUUACUGAUGGUUGAUGGCAAUGGAUUGCUUCAUCCUCGAGGUCUUGGUCUAGCUUGUCAUCUUGGGAUCCUGGCUCAUCUUCCAACUAUUGGAAUCGGGAAAAAUUUGCAUCAUGUUGACGGACUAACUCAGUCUGCGGUGCGACAAAGUUUAGAAGCAAGAGAAAACUAUGACAAGGAUCUGAUCUUCUUAACUGGAAAGUCUGGGAAAACUUGGGGAGUGGCAAUGCGAUCCAUUCUUGGGUCAUCAAAACCUAUUUAUGUGUCAAUUGGUCAUCGGAUUUCACUUGAUUCAGCCAUUAGCAUCGUCAAAACAUGCUGCAAAUAUCGCAUUCCUGAGCCAAUUCGACAGGCUGAUAUAAGAUCCAAGAUGUUCCUUCAGAAGUUCAACGGACUGUAGACAUUGGUAUGAUGAUCUUCUCUUCUAUUUUGUUUUUUCUUUGUUUCCUUUUCUGAGAUUUUCAGAUGUGGAAAAUAAUAAAAUUAACACAUUUGUGGGGCUUUUAUAGAUCACCUGUUGUUUAGUUCUGCUCUUUAAAGUUGCUAGCUAGUUGAUUAAACUUCCAAACUGGGAUAUGCAUAUUAUGUUAUAUCUUCAUCCUUCUGUGUUAGUGGUCAUCCGUUGAUCUUUCUUAUUUGUUAUUUCAUUAUGAUUAACCAAUAUCUGUAUUGUUCGGUGUUAAUUAUUGGCUUACGACACAUACCACUAAAUCAGCCAUAAGAUAGAGAACUUAUUUAUGAUACACACAUAUCUGUUCCUGUAACUAAAAUAGAUAGAAUGUCUCUAUUC